AUGUACAAGGCCACGGUCAGUUACUCAAGCACAAAGUUUAACUCGCAUGUGAGCGUAAGCACUCCGGCACUCACCUUCACGCACGGGGUCGGUGACCCUGUGUUCGUCUACGACAGUAGGCCCAAUCAACCUCCUGUUGGGAAUUCUAGAGGUCAAAUCUUACCGGCGCGUGGCAGUGGAUACCCUUACACGAAACCAAUUAUACCAUUCAGUGACGAAGAGGUAGAUCGCGGAAGCUCAAUCAACGCCAAUCGUUGGCAAUCCAAUGGGUACAGAGAAGUCUCGAUCCCGAUAUUACCUCCGUCUCCUUAUAAAGUCGACUCGCCGGAUCCGGAGUCUUUAUGGCCCGAAGGACUUUUUCUACCGCCAAUUCCACCACCCCGUUUCACCAUUGGACGACGUUCCGACGCCGAAUCUGAGACUUUUGAUCCUUACCUUUUAGAGGGGUCUGAAGCAGUUGCUGCAGUACAAAAGGCUAAAGACCAUGGAAAUCUUUAUUUCCACGAGAUCCCACACAUACAGUCUCUGUUUGAAAAUCAAGAACUGCGUGUCAAAAAUAAUUUGAAACCACAUAUCGUUGGGAGCAUACGUCACACCUGGCCAUUCAAUCGAACUUAGCAAUCAAAAACAAUUUCUAUAAUAUAAAAAUAUUUAAUUGUAUAAAAUGUAAAAAAUACUCAAAAGCCAUAUAAACAUUAUAUAAAAUAAAAAUAAAUUAAAUUCUCAUGAAA